AUGGAUAUUCGACAGAACCUCUUUGGUCAAGGUCCAAAGGCAGGACGGGCUCCUAGUGCUGGCUACGGACGGGCUCCAGCGCCUCCCCCACGAGACGAUACUCCCAUGGCAGGUUACCAAGAGGAUCCCAGAAUGCAAAACAGAGGCUACGGUGGUGGCGGUGGUGCGCCUAUGCCAUCACCGGGCAGGCAACAGAUGCCACAACGUCCAGCAGUCGGAAGACCUCCACCGCAACAACAACCACAAAUGAGUCCAGCCAGGCGAGUGCAAUUAAGAAUUGCCAAAGUUGAAGACAAGACUUUGGCAAACCAGUUUAUCUUUGGAAACUUGUGAGUUCGAGUAGGGUGUAGUAGCACUUGGGAGUUACUGACCCCGCCAUAGGUGUGCCGUUUCCCCACAAGAAUUUCCUCCUUCGAGAGAUGGCUCCGAUUUGUAUAUCCUGUUGAACGGCAGGUAUGUAGUUACCGCAAGGCCAGUAAGCUCUUUUCCUCCAGGAUGCAUAAGUCUAUCGGAUCCCCAAAGGACAUGGUGCGAUGUGGGAAUGAUGGAUGCCAUAACGGCUGAAAUAUACGACCCCUUCUCGCAAGGUGGACAUGCAUACCUCGGAUCUUUGGAUGUGGAUGUUGGAUUUGCCUCUGUAAAGAAGUUUACCGAUGUUCCAUAUGACCAGGACGUUUUGGCAGACAACUUUAUUAGGCUCUACCAAAACCAGAUUUUCUCCCCAGGACAGAAACUCUUGAUGGAUUUCAAGAACAUUCCGUUGAUUUUCACGGUCAAAACGGUGCAGUUGGUUGAUCUCAGUUUAGAGAAACAGUCAACAUCGGCUCCAACAAUGACAAAGCCUGAUGCGAGGGGUAUUCUCACUCAACAUACACCCAUCACAUUCUACAAAGAUGCAAAAUCGGAUAUCAAGCUGAAGGGAUCUGCUAAGCGGCCGGCCGCCAAUUCCAUCAUUGCUCCUGAUUUCAAGUUUGAGGAUAUGGGAAUUGGUGGAUUGGAUACUGAAUUUGGUGCCAUUUUCCGAAGAGCAUUCGCUUCCCGUAUUUUCCCUCCUGGAUUGAUUGAGAAGUUGGGUAUUCAGCACGUGAAGGGUAUUUUACUUUUUGGACCUCCAGGUACUGGAAAAACUUUGAUUGCUCGUCAAAUUGGAAAGAUGUUGAACUCAAGAGAACCAAAGGUUAUCAACGGUCCAGAAGUCUUGAAUAAAUACGUUGGACAAUCAGAAGAGAACAUUCGUAAACUGUUCGCAGAUGCCGAGAAAGAGUACAAGGAAAAGGGAGACGAAAGUGGUCUUCAUAUCAUCAUUUUCGAUGAAUUAGAUGCUGUUUGCAAACAAAGAGGAAGUGGAGCUGGUGGUGGAACUGGUGUUGGUGACAGUGUUGUCAAUCAACUGCUUUCCAAACUCGAUGGUGUUGAUCAGCUCAACAAUAUCUUGCUUAUUGGAAUGACCAAUCGUAAAGAUAUGAUUGAUGAUGCUUUAUUGCGUCCUGGACGUUUGGAAGUUCACAUGGAGAUCUCGCUUCCUGAUGAAGCUGGCCGAGCCCAAAUUUUGAAGAUUCAUACCUCCAAGAUGUUGGCUAAUGACGUUAUGGAUCCCGAUGUCAAUGUUGGAGAACUCGCCCAUCUCACCAAGAAUUUCUCGGGUGCUGAGAUUGGAGGCCUCGUUAAAUCUGCCUCGUCAUUUGCUUUUAACCGUCAUGUCAAGGUAGGAACUGUGGCCGGUGUUAGCGAUGAUAUUGAAAACAUGAAAGUUAACCGAGCAGAUUUUAUGAACGCGCUCGACGAAGUCAAAGCAGCAUUUGGUGUUUCUGAAGAGGAACUCGAGACUGCUAUGAAGCACGGCAUAUUGCAUUUCAGCCCCUACAUUGAGAACAUCCUCAACCAGGGAGCUCUCGCUGUUGACUACAUCAAGAAUGCCCCCGAUGCAUCGUUACUUUCGAUGUUAUUACACGGUCCUCCCGGAUCUGGAAAGACUGCUAUUGCAGCCAAAAUGGCCAAGGAUUCUGGAUUCCCAUUUAUCAAGCUCGUUUCUGCCGAGAAUAUGAUUGGGUUUAGCGAGAUGGCCAAGAUCCAGUACCUACAAAAGGUGUUUAUGGAUGCUUACAAGUCGCCUCUGAAUAUUGUUGUCAUUGAUAAUAUUGAGCGUAUCAUUGAGUGGACGAAUGUUGGACUGAGAUUCUCGAAUCCUGUCACACAGGCGUUGAUGGUUCUCAUUGCCAAGGAACCUCCUGCCGUAAGUUGUCCUAAUUUCUCCUUGACUUUCCCCAAUUAAUUCUCUUUCCAGGGUCGACGUCUCCUCGUCAUCGGAACGACAUCCCAGCGUUCGGUCAUGGCACAAUUAGACCUCAAACAGAUCUUCAACCGUGAACUUGCCAUUCCCAACAUCAACACGCAUCAAGAACUUGCCGCGGCCCUCCAAGAAUUCGGCGGCUUCGAGAACCCAUCGGAUCUCGCCGCUAGUUUGAAUGAAUUGAGGGACAUCACUGGAACGGACCAGAUUGGGAUUGGAAUCAAAAAUGUCUUGACGACGAUUGGACAGGCCAAGAGAGAUCGGGAUAAUUUCCCGAGUACGUUUGCGGAUAUGAUGUCGCAGCAGAUGGCGAAUGUGAAUUGA